UUUACUCUCUUUCAGUUGGUGCCUGCAGUCACAGAGCUCGUAAUUGCAGAAUUGAUGUACUUGCAAUGGAUGGAUCCAAAGGAACCAAUAUAUCUUUACAUAAAUUCUACUGGAACAACUUGUGAUGAUGGUGAGACGGUGGGCAUGGAGACAGAGGGUUUUGCCAUUUAUGACGCAUUGAUGCUACUGAAGAAUGAGAUACAUACAGUUGCCGUAGGUGCAGCUAUAGGACAUGCCUGUCUGCUUCUUGCUUCGGGAUGUAAGGGUAAAAGGUUUAUGAUGCCACAUGCCAAAGCGAUGAUCCAGCAACCUCGUGUCCCAUCCUCUGGGUUGAUGCCAGCCAGUGAUGUUCUUAUCCAUGCAAAGGAGGUGAUAACCAAUAGGGAUACUCUUGUAAAGCUUUUGGCUAAGCACACUGGGAAUUCCAUAGAGACUGUAGCCACUGUCAUGAGAAGACCUUAUUACAUGGAUGCCAUGAAGGCCAGAGAAUUUGGUGUCAUUGACAAGAUUCUUUGGCGUGGUCAGGAGAAGAUAAUGGCAGAUGCAGCCCCUCCUGAGGAGUGGCACAAGAAUGUGGCACAAGAAUGCUGGCAAAGAAUACUGUAGCGGGAGUAAUGGACCGCACUUAGGACUUAAACUGAAACUGGCACUCUAGCAAAAGGAUUAAACUAGCCUUACAGGGAAGGGGAUGGUGGGAACUUACCGAGAUAUGCUUAAACUAACUCAGAGUAUGCUUAACUGGUGAGGACAUUGAAUCAGAAAUGAUUGUAAUCAUCAUCAUAAUUUAUUCAGCUCUGUUACAUAAAAG